CGUAUGCUGGGUAUGCUGAGGUUUGCGAUCGGCACGUGUAUUUGAGGCUGUCUGCGGGUUUGCCUCACCGCCCCGCUUGCGCAGAUGGUCAUUUGAGGAACUUUUCUGCAGUUAUUUCCGCUAUGUCGUCAACUCUUAGUUUAUUGUGGAGAAUCGAAGUUUCGUCUUGCAGACUGCCUCGGCUGUUAUAUUUUAAGCAGAUCCCCUUGCAGAAGACCGGCCGGUUACUUCCCUAUUUGCAAUGGCACAAGGCAUACAUCAAACACUCUGCAUUUGGAUGCGGUGUCACAUCAGCAAGGCCAUCGUUCCUCAUCCCCACAUGUACUUCAAAGUACUGCACCAAGUCGGACACGAGAGCUGACUUUAAAAGAGAUGCGAGGCCGCUGGAAGGCAGUGCUGAUCAAAAACAGGAUGAAGUUGUGGAAGAAAAAUUAAAUAUAUUUCAGCGGUACAAGAAAAUGUUCAAAGAAUACUGGUAUGUCAUGUUGCCCGUGCACAUUGCAACAUCGAUCGUCUGGUUUGGCUCGUUCUUCUACUUGGCAACAUGCGGUGUCGAUGUUGUUCCAAUCAUGGAAUAUCUGGGGCUGCCCGAGUCUAUCAUCAGUCCUUUGCGGAAGUCGGGUCUGAACUACAUUGCAACAGCUUCAGCCAUGUACAAGUUGGCCACUCCAGCUCGUUACACAGUUACACUUGGUGGAACAUCAAUAGCCAUCCGGAUACUUGUCAAGCGGGGUCUCAUAAAACCUAUGCCAACGGGAGGCCAGCUGCGGCAGAUGCUGCGAGACAAGAUGAAGCCCCAGUGAUAUGUAGUCUUUUACAACAUACUGCGUAGAUUGUAAAUAAAGUCGAAAUGAAUCAUUGCUUACUGU